GAGACAUCGACCAACAUCUUCUGACAGCGCUUGAUUAUAACUACAGUAUGGCGGAAGAAGAAGACAAACGCAAAACUAUCAAUAGAUUGCUCCUCAUCAAUGCUUUAACUGAGGGGGCUUUGGAAGAGAUGAUGGAAAACCCUGAAUAUUUUGACGAGAACACUGAGGAGUUCCUUGGAGACUUGAACUGCACAGACGCAUUGGGAAAUACCGCUCUUCACCUCGCUGUACGUCAAGGACAUCCGGCUGAUGUAGUGGCUCUCUGUGGCGGGGCUGUCGACCUUGACCUCCGCAACAAGAAUGGCGAUACACCACUUCAUAUCGCUUUAAAGGAGAUGGAAGAUGAUCAGGAGCGUUUUGAAAUUGUUCAAGAACUAGUAUGCUGUGGCGCAGAGUGCAAACAGGCAAUGUCAGGCGGCCUCACACCACUGGAAUAUGCGAAAAGUCGAUAUCCUUUAGAAAACGCUUUACACGAGAUCAUCGCAAAUCCCCCAUGUGAUGACGAGGAUGAGGAGGUUGAAUUACAGCCAGAACAACUGAGGAAGCAAAUGUAUGACAAGAGUGAUUUCGUAGACGAUGACGAAGAUGGAAGCGAGGGAUCAAGCCUGGAGGCCGAAUAGAUUAUAUGUUCGUAUCAUUUACACUCCUUGAGUAUUAUAGACGAAUGGGUCCUUCAAGUUCUAGAGUUAGUUCGGAUGUGCUUUGCCUUUGAUCUUAUUACAAUCUUGCUUUGGGACAUGAUUCAUCAGCAGCGACUGACUUGGACAACGACAGUUUUAGCAUUCUUACUUUGCAACCAUAUCUCUGCGCCGUGUGUUACAAAAUUUGAACGGUAUUCAAUCAUCUGCUCGGUGCUUGACACUUGAGCUCAAAGCAGCGAGGACGUACUAUUGGCAUUGAUAUUUGGUAACAAGAGUAGAUGAUGGCGUGGGCCGGAUCCUUCGAAUUCGAGAAAUGAAUUAUCUGUAUGAACUUGUCGGGCUCAUCGGGUAACGAGUGUGGCAGUGGAAG